UGAUUUCACAUUCAUCAAACAUGUAACACGGUUAGAGCUCCUGUUGAGCAGCGGCGGUGCUCUCAUGUUCUCUCAAAUGCGAGAGAUGUUCUGGGUUGUCUCUACUUGCCAGACAUAGUCUGUGCCACCCGGUACAGGUGACUGCCUGAGGCACAAUAGACUGUCAAAGAUGGUUCUGACCUGCCAUAACUUGUCCGGCAGCAAUCAGUGCCCAGCCUUUCAUUACUUAAGCCUGUAGGCGCAGCCGCAGCUUUAAUUUGCUGUACGCAGCGGGAACUUCACAAGCUGAAGUUCCCAUAGAGUAGAGCAAGAACCUUAAAAACCAGCUCAACUUGCAAUACCUACAUCGCAGAAUGAUCAUCCCUUCACAGGACUCUACCGCGACAGAUCCAACCUCCUCUGAACUCAAAGCUCCCCCAGAAACUGAGGGUGAGCUUCCCGGAGAAGCACCUCCUUCAUAUUAUAACAACACCUCGGACCAAAAUGCAAUUGCGGGUGCAUCCUCUUCUAGCACUCCUCUUCAGCCCACACCCAAGUCCAAACCAACGAAUUACUUGUAUCUCUUCAAUGAUAAUAGCUCUAUCAAGGGGGAGUACGUCAUAGAUCCUGGCAUGACCAUCCCCACAUCUCUUCUUCCACCGCUAAUCUAUCCCUUGCACUCGACAAAUGGAUCUGUCAGUGCAGACAUAUGGCUGCUCGGUGCUCGAAAGUCCCCAAAACGCACGAUACUCGACCUUGGCUCUGAAAAUGGUUCUGUUACUGCACGAGUUAGUAUUAUACUAUUCACUGGGGCUGAGCCUUUCUUGUUAACCAUUUCCGCCAAGAACGGAGCUGUGAAUGUUACUCUUCCACGCUCUUUCAAUGGUCUCCUUCUUCUAACGACCAGGCACGGCUCCGUCUCACUCGCUGGUACUCUCUCCGAGAACUGCACGCAUCUCAGUCAAGUAGAUUUGACUCGCAGAUAUUUUGUUGGAGACUUGUCUAUGGUUGGUGACAGUGAUUGGCCUGGGGAUGAAGUGCGGGUAGACGCAAAACAUGGAAAGAUCAGGAUAAAAUACUGUUGAAGAGCAUACCAGUAUAGACGAUACGAGCAAAGGAGGUCUUUUGAGUCGGUUAUUCGGGUGGUAAUGCUUCUUGGAGUCAUAUGAUUGUACGGCUAUUUUCUAAUCCCGACUCCGCCGGAUCAUUGAGCGUCUCCUCUUUAAUUAUCCCUAUCAAUGUUACA